AUGCUUCUGUCUCCGAUUUCACAGAUUUUGCGCUCAUUCUGUCGCGUGUUACGUGAAUCUCAUCGCUGUCGGGUCAUUUUUCGCAAAGUGAAUGGAUUCAUCUAUGUGAUGCAAGAGCUGAUCUACCUAGAAGGCUGUCUGAAUCCGACCCGCAUGAGCGCGUACCUGAAUCCCAAACCCGAUGUGGCAACGGGAGAUAAACAAAAGCAACCGUCACAGCAGCAACAGCUCCACUCUCAACAGCCCUCACAAAGGGAUUCUGUUCCGGUAACCCGGAGUCAGUUCUUAGCCAAUCUGUCAUACAAACAAGUGUUCCAGCUCGUUCGGACGAUAUUCACUACCCUGGGAAUCGCCAUGAAAUUCGAACCGGCCAAUGCGCAUUACUUUGCGACUGAAGUUCAGUAUUCCAAUCUGACGGAUGCCGUUAUUGGACUUGGCUCGUUCGAGAAAAGUGGGAACGAUGAACCGAAAACGGAUAAUUUGUCAUCCUUGGCUUCCACAAACGGUGAUUCACCCGCUGCGCACGAUAGUCCGUUCCAUAUGCUGUUCAAAAACAUUCGUUUGGCCGAGUCCAUGUUGAUGACCAGUGCAGAAGCGGGAAAACCAGUCACCUGCAUGCCAGAUAGAUUAAUUUAUCGUUCCCCCAGCUCGCCAUCAAAAACUCGAUCUCCGGAGAGGCAUGCCCUCCUGUCUCGACGUGCUGUAGAGUGCUGUGUCCUAGCUCGCUAUUUGUAUGACAUGGCAAUCGACGGAUUUGAUCGGUAA